AUGGCUAAAUUUCUUUAUCCAAUAACAGGUGCUCUUCUAAUUUAUGUGAUUCUCGGUUAUUUUAGUCAAAUUGAUGUAAAACAUUUGGGAAACGUUGAAGAUGGACACGAAUUUGUGAUAAAUAAAGAACAAGGUCACCAAAUAAAAUACGAGCGAUUUGAAAUUUGUCAAGAUUUCAAUGAUUAUUCUAUCUUUCAUGCGGACAAAUAUCGAUGCUACAAUCCGAUAGCGACAGCUUUCUUCAAGAAUUCAAUCAACACAACUGGCUGGAGUUUCCUGGAGAUUGAAACGAGUGCAAAAUACGAUCCAAAAGUUCAAGCUUAUGCUGCUGGAUAUCUGGAAGGUGUUUUAACUCGCCGCCUCAUCGAGCAUCACAUUCACAAUGUGAUGUCCACAUAUUGCAUUGGAAGAGUGGAUUACUGUAGAAAAUUGAGAGAAUUUAUGGAUGAGAAUCACAAAUGGACAAAGGAAUUCCUCGCAGAAACCGAUCCAGAAGACGCUUAUUAUUCAGCGAUCCACCGCACCUACUACCAACUGCAAGGUGUCAUCGAUGCUUUUGAGCGCCGUCCGAUCAACCCAAGAGCCGAUUUUGAGUUUCAUGACAUUGUAUUCAUGAACUGGCUAGGAGAAUUCUAUGAUCUUUCCGCUAAAUUUAACGCGACAACAAGAGUGGAUAGGGUUGAGAAAUGUUCGGCUAUGUUGAAGUUGGCUCCCGAUAACAAAGAUCUCUUCUUCUCCCACGUUGUCUGGUUCGCUUUUCAUCACAUGCUUCGAGUCAUCAAGCUUUACAAAUUUGGAUAUGAUCGGGAGAAGUUCCCAGGCUACGCUGUUUCCUAUACAGGUUACCCUGGGAUUUUGAAUUCACAAGAUGACUUUCAAGUGACAUCGGCAAAAUUGGCAAUCAUGGAGACAACGAUCAGCCUGUACAAUGCCUCAAAGAUGGAGCACACGAAAGCUGUGGGACAGUUCCCGUGCUGGAUCCGCUCAAUCGUGGCGAGCCAACUCGCAUGGACAGCGAAAGAUUGGGUCGAGAUUUUCAUCAGACAUCAUAUGGGCACUUACAACAAUCAUUGGAUGAUCGCUGAUUACAAGCUUUUUACGCCCGGUCAACCGUUGAGAGAUGAGACAUUUUAUGUUCUCGAAACAAUGCCAGGAUUUUGGAUUUACAAGGAUAAAUCAGAGGAUCUCCAAAAGAAUACCUAUCACGCUUCGUACAAUCUCCCACAAUUCCCCGAAAUCAUCGAGUACUCGGGCUUGGAGGGACAUGCUAAAAACUUCGAUCCAGCUGGUAACGGGCGAAUCGGCGGUGAUUACUAUCGCUCAUUUAAAGCGCCGAGAGCUCGGAUUUUUGCAAGAGAUCACGUGAAAGCCAUCGAUUUUGAGAGUUUCACGAAAGUUCUCCGUUCAAACGAUCCAAUCAAUGAAGAGUUCGCGAAAUGUGAAUGCGAAAAUGGAUAUUCUGUAUCGGCUGCAAUUUCGGCGAGAGGAGACCUCGGUGUAGCCAAUGGUACCUACGAGUGCUACGAUUUAGGACAAAGAAAUAUGGGUGCUCUUGACUACAAGGGUAUUGAUCACCAUCGAAUGGAAUCGAUGUCCUAUCGUGCGUGGGGUGCUCCUCCAUUUGAUGAUGUUUAUCCGCCGUUUGAAUGGAAAACUUUCGAGAAAAACUCGAAUUAUCGUCUUCACCACCGUGGCCAUCCCGAGAAAUUCGAUUUUGAUUUUGUGGAAAUCAAUUGGAAAACGAAUAUUUGGGAU